AUGGGCAAAGAAAAAGUUCACAUUUCACUGGUCGUGAUUGGCCACGUCGACGCUGGUAAGUCGACUACUACGGGUCAUUUGAUCUACAAAUGUGGUGGUAUCGACAAGCGUACGAUUGAGAAGUUUGAGAAGGAAGCUGCUGAGCUUGGUAAGACUUCGUUCAAGUAUGCGUGGGUGCUCGACAACCUCAAGGCCGAGCGUGAACGUGGUAUCACGAUUGAUAUUGCUCUGUGGAAGUUUGAGUCGCCCAAGUACUUCUUUACGGUCAUUGACGCUCCUGGUCACCGUGACUUUAUCAAGAAUAUGAUUACGGGCACGUCGCAGGCUGAUUGCGCCAUUCUAGUGGUUGCUUCAGGUGUUGGUGAGUUCGAGGCUGGUAUUUCCAAGGAAGGCCAGACACGUGAGCACGCUCUAUUGGCCUUUACGCUUGGUGUGAAGCAGAUGGUUGUGGCUAUUAACAAGAUGGACGACUCGUCUGUCAUGUACGGCCAGGCUCGUUACGAGGAGAUUAAGGCCGAGGUUACUACUUACCUGAAGAAGGUUGGCUACAAACCUGCCAAGAUCCCAUUCGUGCCUAUCUCUGGAUGGGAAGGAGACAACAUGAUUGACCGCUCCGCAAACAUGCCGUGGUACAAGGGACCUUACCUCCUUGAGGCCCUUGACAGUCUAAACGCGCCUAAGCGCCCGUCGGACAAGCCUCUUCGUCUACCUCUUCAGGACGUGUACAAGAUUGGCGGUAUUGGCACGGUACCGGUUGGCCGUGUUGAGACUGGUGUCAUUAAGCCUGGUAUGGUCGCUACGUUCGGUCCCGUUGGUCUGUCGACGGAAGUCAAGUCCGUUGAGAUGCACCACGAGUCUUUGCCGGAGGCUCUUCCUGGUGACAACGUUGGUUUCAACGUCAAGAACGUGUCGGUAAAGGAACUGCGUCGUGGUUUCGUCGCUUCGGACUCGAAGAACGACCCUGCUAAGGGCACCCAGGACUUCACGGCCCAGGUGAUUGUGCUGAACCACCCUGGCCAAAUCGGUAACGGCUACUCGCCAGUGCUUGACUGCCACACUGCCCACGUUGCCUGCAAGUUCAAAGAGAUCAUUGAGAAGAUGGACCGUCGUUCGGGCAAGGUGCUUGAGACUGCUCCUAAGUUCGUGAAGUCGGGCGAUGCCUGCAUGGUCAUCCUUGAGCCCUCGAAGCCUAUGACUGUUGAGUCGUUCCAGGAGUACCCUCCUCUUGGCCGUUUCGCCGUGCGUGACAUGCGUCAGACGGUUGCCGUCGGCGUCAUUAAGUCGGUGAACAAGAAGGACCCGACCACUAAGGGCGGUGCCAAGAAGAAAUAA